GCGGCUUUUCCGAGUACUGCGCGCAGCGGCCCCGCGCCCCCAGCCAAGGCGCCAUGGAGCGGCCGGCGCCCCUGGCCGUACUGCCCUUCUCGGACCCCGCGCACGCCCUGAGCCUGCUGCGCGGCCUGAGCCAGCUCCGCGCCGAGCGCAAGUUCCUGGACGUGACCCUGGAGGCGGCUGGCGGGCGCGACUUCCCGGCGCACCGCGCCGUGCUGGCGGCCGCCAGCCCCUACUUCCGCGCCAUGUUCGCCGGGCAGUUGCGCGAGAGCCGCGCCGAGCGGGUGCGCCUGCACGGCGUGCCGCCCGACAUGCUACAGCUGCUGCUCGACUUCAGCUACACGGGCCGCGUGGCGGUGAGCGGCGACAACGCCGAGCCGCUGCUGCGCGCCGCCGACCUGCUGCAGUUCCCGGCGGUGAAGGAAGCGUGCGGCGCCUUCCUGCAGCAGCAGCUCGAUCUGACCAACUGCCUGGACAUGCAGGACUUCGCCGAGGCCUUUAGCUGCGCGGGGCUGGCGAGCGCGGCUCAGCGCUUCAUCCUGCGCCACGUGGGCGAGCUGGGCGCCGAGCAGCUGGAGCGUCUGCCCCUGGCGCGGCUGCUGCGCUACCUGCGCGACGACGGGCUCUGCGUGCCCAAAGAGGAGGCCGCCUACCAGCUUGCACUGCGCUGGGUGCGCGCCGACCCGCCGCGCCGCGCGGCGCACUGGCCGCAGCUGCUGGAGGCCGUGCGCCUGCCCUUCGUGCGCCGCUUCUACCUGCUGGCGCACGUCGAGGCCGAGCCGCUGGUGGCCCGCUGCCCGCCCUGCCUGCGCCUGCUGCGCGAGGCGCGCGACUUCCAGGCGGCACGCUACGACCGCCACGACCGCGGGCCCUGCCCUCGGAUGCGGCCGCGCCCCUCCACCGGCCUCGCCGAGAUCCUCGUGCUCGUGGGCGGAUGCGACCAGGACUGCGACGAACUGGUCACCGUCGACUGCUACAACCCGCAGACGGGCCAGUGGCGCUACCUGGCCGAGUUCCCCGACCACCUGGGCGGAGGCUACAGCAUCGUGGCGCUGGGCAACGACAUCUACGUGACGGGUGGAUCGGAUGGCUCCCGGCUCUAUGACUGUGUGUGGAGGUACAACUCGAGUGUGAAUGAGUGGACGGAGGUGGCGCCCAUGCUGAAGGCCCGGGAGUACCACAGCUCCUCCGUGCUGGACGGGCUGCUGUACGUGGUGGCUGCGGACAGCACGGAGCGCUACGACCACACCACCGACUCCUGGGAGGCCCUGCAGCCCAUGACCUACCCCAUGGACAACUGUUCCACCACAGCCUGCCGGGGCCGGCUCUACGCCAUCGGCUCCCUGGCCGGCAAGGAGACCAUGGUCAUGCAGUGCUACCACCCAGACACGGACCUGUGGUCGCUGGUGGACUGCGGCCAGCUCCCACCCUGGUCCUUUGCCCCCAAGACAGUGACUCUGAACGGACUCAUGUACUUCAUCAGGGACGACUCGGCCGAAGUGGACGUGUAUAACCCCACCAAGAACGAAUGGGAUAAGAUCCCGUCAAUGAAUCAGGUGCACGUUGGGGGCAGCCUGGCCGUCCUCGGAGGUAAGCUCUACGUCUCUGGGGGCUAUGAUAACACCUUCGAACUCUCCGACGUGGUGGAGGCCUACGACCCAGAGACUCGGGCGUGGAGCGUGGUGGGCCGGCUCCCAGAGCCCACCUUCUGGCAUGGCAGCGUCAGCAUCUUCCGCCAGUUCAUGCCCCAGACACCCUUGGGCGGGCGCGGCUUUGAGCUAGACAGUGGCAGCAGUGACAUGGAUGUGGGCCAGCCCCGGCCACCGCAGAACCCUGCCGAGCUGCACUAGCCCCGGCCCGGCCCGGGGAGGGCCUCGGUGCAGGUAACCUGGCAUCUUAGGGGGGCAGCACCCCCUUUCUUGUGCACAGGACAGGUGGGGCCCACCGGGCGGAGCGUGGACUCGGGGGCAGCCAAGCAAGCGAGGCUCAGGAUAUGAUACCUGGGGAGUUGCUGUGCGUUCAGGGCCUCCUAGGGCCAGGCCAGUGUGCACGCUCCUGCUCCUUGGUCCAGGAAGAACUGCCUCCCUGUCAGCACAUCUCAGGCUCCAGUAAAUCCCCCCCGCCCCAGGCUCCCACCUCUCCGAUGCAGGCAUACCCCUCCUGCAGUCACCACCUGUGCCUACUUCCCCCCUUGCCUGCCCCUGCCCCGGGAGAGCAGAACCCCAGCACUUCUGGGUACAAGUGGAGCAGAGUCUUGAGAACAGCCUCUUCGCAGAUCCUGCUAUCCAGAACAUGGAGAAUCAGGCCGACGAUGGCCCCAGGGAGGUUCCACACUCUAUGGUCAGGGCUGGACAGCCGGCAGGCCAGCUCCACAGUGGAGGGGUAUGCCUGCCCAGCUCCUCAACCCUGCUGGGGCCUUGCACCGACACAUCUGCUAUGAGUGGGCCUCCUGGAAGUAAGCUCAGACCUGGCGAAACAGGGCGGGGAGUGGACAGGAGCAUAGCCUUGAAGGGGGCCCAGCGAGACCUGCUGGGGGUUGUCUGUCUCCAGUGGACCUGGGCUGGGACAGGUGUUGGGGUUCCUGUCCAGCCCACCUGCCAUUGUGGCCCCACGUGACUUGUGGGCCUCCAGGACCUUCGUCCCAGGCUGGUGCGGGAGAGGACUAAAGACUGCAAGUGCAAGGUCGUAGCUUCUCUCCAGGAGGCCCUGGGACUUUGUCGCUGAAGCCCCGCCAGGCAAACAGCUGUGGACGCCCUUGCCCUGGCAGCCUGAGCGGAGGAGCGGGUUGUUUCUCAAGGAACCCGGGGCGGGGCAGACUCAAUAGUUGGUCACAAGGUUUCAAAUGCAGUUGGCCUUUCCUUAAAGGAAGAGAGGGCAGCUAGAAGCAGGGUCUGGGUGGUUUGAUCUUUACUCUUCCAGGGCCACUGCUGAAGCUUUCUGCAGGGGGUUGGGGGUGGGGGGCGGCAUGUGCGUUGAGACCUGCAGAAGCCAGGGCUUCUCCAGGUGGGUGCCUGGAGGAGCCCCUGGGAACCCCGGAGCUGGUAUCCCUGGUUCUGAAGUGUGAGUGUUCCAGUGGAUGCUGGUCUUGGCCCCUCCAGGUCCCCAAAGUAGCCUGUGCUUGAAUUUGUGCUCCUUCCCUUCCAAAGGGGAGGAUGUUUGUUUUUCCUCGUUGGGUGGAUAUUCAUCCAUGUUCUCACCAAGAAAAAAGUUUUCUCACCAUCACUUCCCAAGUGGCUCUUAACAAUCCUUUUAUUGGGCAGAAGCUGUAGGGGGGCCCUGCCUUCCCUGCUGUGAGGAGCCCUGGGGGAGCCAUCGCUGUCAGGUUGACCGUCUUGCUCUGGAAACCCCACUGGAGCAGCCACAGCCCAGAGCUGGCCCUUCAGGUCCCCUUGGGCCCUGGCUCAGGGACUACUCCAGCCCCUAUCCCCCACCCCACCCCACCUAGCUGACAUAGUGGGAAGGCAGGGGAUGGGGAGUUGGCGUGUCCUGCCUUGGGCCUUGGCCAGGAUAGGUGCUUACUUAGCCCUCUGCUCCCUUGGGGAUGCCCCUCCCAGGUCAGCCCUCCUGGUCUGUGUCCUCCCUUGUGAAUUGGGGCUGGCCUGCCCCCUCCCCCCAGGGUGGUUGCAACCCUAGAGGCUCCCCCUCCACUGCCCUCACUUCACUCCCCAGGGGUUAUUGUGACCUUUCUUCCAGCCCUGGCGCCUGCCUGGUGGGCUGAGCCCACCCAGAGGUGGUCUGGCUCCAUGGGGUGGCAGACUUGGGUUCCCAGGCAGGCAAGGCUGCCCCAUGUGAUGGCUCGUCUCCUGUGGGCGGCAGGGGGACAUCAAGGCUGGGGUGCUUGGCGUCCACGGAGCCCUGAUUCUGUCCCAGUCACCAGUUCAGUGCCAGUCAUGUCCUCCCAGCGGGUGUGACAUCACGCAGAGAGAUGUGGUGACAUGUGACAGGUCAUGGGGGUGGGGCAGGGGCUCAGUUUCAUGGGAAAGACUCCAGGUGCCCUUUCCAGGGCUGUCUCUGUGGAGGGCCUGGGCAGCCCACGAAGGCAGGAUGGGGGUGGAGAGCAGCCGUGUGCCAUGGUCACUGGAACUCCCCCUACCAGCCCCCAGGCAGGCAGGGCUGUUGUGUGUCAAGGGCAGAAAUCUCUGCAGCGAGUGGCUUAUGGGGAGGCCUUUUGCUGGGGCUGCAGACACUCAUGAUUUCCUCCUAAAUCAGUGUUUGUCACCCGCCACGGCAUUCUGGUCAGCUCUGAGGGCCAGAGCCUGGGCCUUUGUCGGGUCUUUGCUGGGUUUUUGGUACUUCACUGUGUGACCAGCCAUCCUACUCGCCGGUGGUGACUCAGAUGAUGGUGUGGGGGGAGGGGGGCAGUGAUCACUUCCUAGAAACUCCCCAGGUCCCCACCCACCAGACCCCACCUUGGGAAGGGGAGGCACCAGCCUCAGCAACAGCAGGCUCCCGCUGGGGGUCCAGGAGCAGGGUCGACCCUUGAGAAGUGUCCCCUCCCUGCCUGCCCUCCGUGCUCCGCUGCAUCACUGCACACCGACGGGCGGGGCCAGCUGGGGAGGGACUGUCUCUCCGUGUUAGAGGUGCACGACUUUGAGUCUGUGAGGCAAGUUAAGUUAUGAGAGUUUGGUGACUAGUAUUUAAUGCUGACCUACUGUUUAAAGUAUUCUAUAUUUAUACGACUUCAAAGACUCUUCUGGACUAGCACACCCUCCUUCCAGGGUCCGACAUCCAGUGCCAGCCCCCCGAGCAUGGGGCAGGUUUGCAUAUUUAUUUGUCUGUUCGUUAGGCUUCUGUGUCUGGGAUCCUGUUUAAGGUUUUAGGAUGCCUUCAAUACAUUAACUUUUUGAAAUAAAAACGUUUCCUAUA